AUGUUCUUCUCUUUCACCACCGACAAUGGGUCGCGCGGGGGACAUAGCCCAGACGAUUCUGACCUCGACGACAGCGACGACCCCCAUCUGCGGUUAAGCAAUGCUAGUAGGCUUGAACAAGGUCGUUACUCCGCCCGGCGGCUACCCAUGGACGACGACGACGACGACCCUUACCUACGACUGGACGAGGAUGAUGGACCACAGAGAUUCAAUCCUCGUAACACGCACAGCUCGAGAUACAAUGCGCAGAACGUCCCCUUGAUCUCGUCAGAAAUAGACGAUUCGCGGCGGGAGGGUUCAGAAACGAGGGGUUGGCUUGCACACCAAGCUUCUCCCUUGCGGCGUGCUCGCUCUCCGUCACCAUCCCCUUCGGGUUCGUCCUCCUCCUCGAGUAGCCCCCCUCCAGACAUAUUCUCUACCCCGAAUAACCGUCCGAAACUCUCAUCACCUCGUUCUCAUCAACCACCGCUUCCUCCUCCGACCUCGCGUAACCCAAUAUCUCUGUCGCUGACCGAGUCCCUUCUUCCCAGAGACGGCGUAUCACGACCCGUUCAUGUCUUCUCUUUACCCGAUCCCCGACAUACUCCUCGCUCUCGUCGUAAAUACCAUGACUCUAUAUGGACAGCUCUAUGGUUGACGGGGGUAACUAUUUGUCUAGUGGCAUCACUCAUCACCCUCAUAUUCACUCGCAAACCUCCCAAACGCGCUCAUCUAAUUCUACCAUACACAACGCUUCUCCAUACAGUGCCACUGCUCACCAUCUUAACCGUUCUGAGUGCCUGCGCAGCAUACCUUCACAUAUGGUUACUCAAAGUUUUCGUAAAGCCAGUAAUGAUAGCAACAUCAAUGUUUGUUCCUGCAACAUUGUUCAUAUCAGCCAUCUGUGCCUUCGUCGGUAGUUUCAUGUGGGAUGGUGACACAGAGCCUACUUGGGGAGAGACCGUGGGGCUGCGCUUGUUCGCAUUAGUCCCUUUGCUCCUUUCAUUGUUCACUGCCCGUAGACUCCUACAUCUACCGCAGAUCCUCCACAUGGCAUCAUCAACGCUGGACUUAUCGACGAAAUUGUUGACGGAGAACCCUUUCCUACUCGCUCUUUCGCCGGCCAUCCUCUUAUGUGCUUCAAUCAUCAGCAUCCCGUUUCUUACUCUGGUCUUCCGCCUGCUGCUCAUCGGUUACACCACAGGCGAUCAAGUCCACGGGUCGCUAGAAUGGCAUGUCAGAGGUUGGGCCAACUGGGCGAUCGUGUUCACCGUUUGUAUUUGGUUGUGGACUUGGGGGGUUGCGAGAGGAAUUUUGAAGAUGACAUGUGCUGGUGUAAUUGGCUCAUGGUACUUCGCUGAUCCUGUCGCGCCCCCUCCCUCUCCCACAUCUACCCACACCAUACACGCAGCUAUAGUUCGGUCGACGCAACCUUCGCUUGGGUCUAUCGCCCUUGCUGCACUAGUACUCACAGUCAUACGAUUACUCACCCUUACUGCCGUUUUCCUGCACAAUUUACCCACCUAUGUUGCCCGCUUCACGUCCUCCUUCACGACCUUUUUACCUGCCGCCAUCGGUAUCCCUAUACGAACCGUCUUGCUUGGCGCUGGUACAAGCGUCUUAAGAGCGUCGCUCUUGCAAGGGAUUGCUUGGUGCAUCGGUACCGUUGAGUCGAUAACAAGCGCUUUCAGCCGGUAUGCGCUGAUAUAUGGAGGCUUGACUGGCGACGCGUUCAUGGACAGUGCGAGGAGAGCCCAGGCGUUGACACGGAGCGUAGAACAGAGGGCGCAAACGGGAAGAAGAAAGUUUAAAAGCGAACCACCAAUGGCACUCUUGACGAUCGCCCCGUUAACAUUGACGUUCCCAUUCGCCCUUAUCACGUAUCUCUUUGUCGCACACACGCUAGGGGCACCUGAUCAAGCUCUCGGUGCGGCUAUCUUGGCGGGCGGUGUGACUGCACUUGUUGGAAUGUUCUCCGUGGGCUUAGUUGAGGAUACGGUGGACACACUGUAUAUCUGCUAUUGCAUCGAUAAGGACCUUGGGGAACGGAGACGGAAGGAAGUCUUUUCUGCUUUCGAGUACGAAUCUCGUGCUCCGGUCCCCCCCGCUCCACAACCAGAUGCUUCCCGCCCUAUGCCUCGUCCUCCAGUUCAACACCAGCGUCAGCCCUCAUAUGCCCAAGCUCGUCAGCCAUUACCCCAGCCAUCACCACACUCUCAUUCCCCGCCACUAGUGAUGCCAUCGUCUCCGCUAAUUAAUCCCAUCGAGUCUCCCCAGCCUUCUCACCGACCACGAACUCCCUCUCAGCUCCCAGCUCCGGCUGCAGUUGAAGAAGAUGACGACAUUAAUCCCUUCGAACCGAGUUACUUGGAAGAUAACACGGUGGUGCAGCCGGCGCGUGCUAGCUCACCACGUCCGCCAGUGCGGUCUCCCACCCAACCCUCAUUUGGCGCACAGUCCUCCGCUGGCUCCAGCGCUUCCGCGAGUAGGAGUCACUCACGGAACAAUUCGCUAUCCCGGUCGCUAAUUCAGUCCCGGGCGGCAGUCGCUGCUGAGCUUGACAAGAAGCCUGUGAUCAGGCCAUUCUCCCCCGUUUCCUCCCCGCUUGCUGGAUCUGCCACUCGUGGACCAGAGGCCAGUAGGCAAUCUGAUAACGGCAGUGAUGGCUCACAAUUCUUCCCUGGGUCGGGAUUCUUCUAA